AUUUUCGGCCUGCCCACAGGGCCGCCUCCCUCUCCCUUAACUCCUCCUCUCCCCUCUCAGGAGUCGCAGCCGUCCCCGCUGGCUCUGCUGGCUGCCACCUGCAGCAGGAUUGAGUCUCCCAACGAGAAUUCCAACAGCUCCCAGGGCCAGCAAGGCGGCAGCGGUGAGUUGGACCUGACGGCCGCCGCUGCCCAGAUCGCGCAGUCGGCCAACGGCUGGCAGAUCAUUUCCACUGGCUCCACCACGCCGACGCCCUCCAAGGAGCAGGGCAGCAACGGCAGCAACGGAGAUCCCUCCAAAAGCCGCCCUGUGAGCACGGGGCCGUACGUGGUCACGGCUGCCUCCAACCUGCAGAACCAGCAGGUGCUCACGGGCCUGCCGGGCGUCAUCCCCAACAUCCAAUACCAAGUCAUUCCCCAGUUCCAGACCAUUGAUGGGCAGCAGCUCCAGUUUGCCACCACCCCCACCCAAGUCAACGUGCAGCAGGAUGCCUCUGGGCAGCUCCAGAUCAUCCCCGGCACGAACCAGCAGAUCAUCACGAGCCGAGCGGGGACGGGCAACCUCAUCGCCAUGCCCAACCUGCUGCAGCAGGCCGUCCCCAUCCAGGGGGUGGGCUUGGCCAACAACACCCUCUCAGGGCAAACCCAGUACGUGGCCAACGUCCCCGUGGCUCUCAAUGGCAACAUCACCUUGCUGCCCGUCAACAGCGUGGCCGCCAGCCUGGCCCCCACCUCUCAGACCGUCACCCUGAGCGGCUCUGGUUCCCCGGACAGCAGCUCCCAGCCCACCACCUCAGGUGCUGCCAUCAGCUCGUCCAACAUUGCCACGUCCCACGCCAGUUCCGGCUCUUUUUUUACCAACGCCAACAGCUAUUCCACCACCACUACCACCAGUAACAUGGGCAUCAUGAAUUUUUCCAGCAGUUCCACAGUGGGGACAAAUGUCCAAGUGCAGACGCCCCAAAGGGCCCCCAGCACGGACUCCCUGCAGAGCCAGGUCUCUGGGGUGGCUUUGCAGCCGGGGCAGCAGAAAGAGGGGGAUCAGAGCCAGCAGUCGCAGCAGCAGCAGAUCCUGAUCCAGCCUCAGUUAGUCCAAGGGGGGCAAACGAUCCAAGCCCUGCAGACCGCCCCGCUCUCCGGCCAGACCUUUGCCACUCAAGCCAUCUCACAGGAUGCCUUGCAGAACCUCCAGCUCCAGGCUGUGCCCAACUCCGGGCCCAUCAUCAUCCGAACACCCACAGUGGGGCCGAACGGGCAGGUGAGCUGGCAGACCAUUCAGCUCCAGAACCUGCAGGUGCAGAACCCCCAGGCGCAGACAAUCACCUUGGCCCCCAUGCAAGGAGUGUCACUGGGACAGACGGGCAGCACCAGCACCACGCUCACCCCCAUCGCCUCCCUCCCCAGCGGCACGGUGACGGUCAACGCCGCCCAGCUCUCCUCUAUGCCAGGCCUCCAGACUAUUAACCUCAGUGCCUUGGGAGCGUCUGGGAUCCAAGUGCACCAGCUGCCGGGGCUGCCGCUGGCCAUCGCCAACGCUACCGGGGAGCACGGCGCCCAGCUGGGGCUGCACGGUGCCAGCGGGGACGGCCUGGGCGACGACAGCGCAGCGGUGGAGGAAGGGGAGACCAGCCCAGACCCACAGCCCCAGCAGGGCCGGAAGGUGCGGAGGGAAGCCUGCACCUGUCCCUACUGCAAGGACAGCGAGGGGAGGAGCUCUGGGGAUCCAGGUAAAAAAAAGCAGCACAUCUGCCACAUCCCGGGCUGCGGGAAGGUGUACGGCAAAACCUCCCACCUGCGGGCCCACCUGCGGUGGCACACGGGGGAGCGGCCCUUCAUCUGCGGGUGGAUGCUGUGCGGGAAGCGCUUCACCCGCUCCGAUGAGCUGCAGAGGCACAAGCGCACGCACACGGGGGAGAAGAAAUUCGCCUGCCCGGAGUGCCCCAAACGCUUCAUGCGCAGCGACCACCUCUCCAAGCACAUCAAGACCCACCAGAACAAGAAAGGCGGCGCGGCCAACAGCGUGGCCAUGAACGUCUCCGCCGUCCCCAUGGACACGGGGGCUCCGUCGGAAGGCAGCGGCGGACCCACGCCGUCGGCCCUCAUCGCCACCAACAUGGUGGCCAUGGAAGCCAUCUGCCCCGACGGCAUCGCCCGCCUGGCCGGCAGCGGCAUCAACGUCAUGCAGGUGGCCGACCUGCAGUCCAUCAACAUCAGCGGGAACGGCUUCUGAGGGCCUGGGGGUCGCAGUGGGGCAGCAACGGGGCGAACGGAGCCGAAUCCCCCCCAGCGUGGGGCAGCCGCAGCGCUGCACCGCCCGGGGCACCGCGGCCCCCCCAGCACCUGCGGGCUGCAGCGUCACGCAAAGGCCAGAGCUUGUCUGUAUUUUUAAUUUCGGCUUCACUUUAUUAUUAUUAUUACCCCCCUCCCCUCCCUGCAGACCCUCCCAUCCUUGAAAUCCGCCCGCCCCCCCGCCCCCCCUCCGGAGCUGCAGCCUUCGAUGCCAUCAUGCCUUGGUGAGAGGAAAAACAGAAAGCAGAAAAGUAUGCUAUCAUUGGAAAAUACUUUUUAGGAAAAAAAAA